AUGUCACCCCGGGGCUCCACAGCCGCUUCCGUCGCUUCAGAUACGAACGGAUCUGCCCCUCUCGUCAAGCAGCCUUCCGCGAAGAACAUCGAGUUUGCGUGGUUUUCUCGAAAGGCCUUCCUCUGGAGGAGGUUCUCUGUCUCCAGCAUCGUUACUGUCGUCGCCACAGCUGAUGGCCAUGGGAGAUAUCACUCCCUUGCCUUCGCCGAUCGGUGGCGUCUCGCCAUGGAAAAUACCGCGUCGCAAUUCACAAUCGUUAUCUCGGACCCCAUCACUCCUCUCGCGCAACGGCUCGAGCCUAACAAGCAGCGUGGCAUGGCGGAGAUGUUGGGUGCUGACAAGCAUCUAGAGACACCCAGCAAGGCACGCCCUGAUGGAGCUCCGAAGCAUGCUCGUAACCGUAGCCUUAGUGAUUUCGGGAUCGGCCGUACCUCAAGGAAUCUUUCAUCGUCAAGUACCGACUCGAAAUCAAACAACAUGCACCGGGAACAACACCUGGCAGUUCAUCGCGGCAUCGCGUUACCCGCAGUCCGUCCUCCGACGCCGCCAAGAAGUAGUCGCAGUACAUCUGAUGGUGAUGUGGAGCCCGUCAUUCUCAGCCCACAAUCCAUGGAUGGCUCGGAUGAAAUAUACUCGGUACGUUCUGUUCGGUCCCAGCAGCCGCGUAAGUAUCGCAAACUGCGCGAGCUCGGACAGGGCACAUUCAGCCAAGUAUGUCUAGCAGUGCGUAUGGAACUGCGGGAUAUGGAAUCUGGUUACAGUUCGAGUCUCCAAGGGGUAAAUGCCGCUACGCAAAAGCUUGUCGCUGUUAAGGUCAUUGAGCAUGGCCCGGCGGGUGGAGCGGAUGAGGAACGAUUGGAGGUAUCGCUCAAGCGGGAAGUGGAUAUCUUGAAGUCGGUCAACCAUCCUUCUCUUGUGCAACUGAAAGCGUUUGGAAGCGACGAAAAGCGCGCUCUUUUGGUCUUAGACUACUGCCCGGGAGGUGACCUGUUCGACGUUGCCACCUCUGGACCGAGACCCAUGAGCUCCGAGCUGAUUCGGCGGAUCUUCUCUGAGUUGGUCGCUGCCGUACGCUACCUGCACGCCAACUUCAUAGUCCAUCGGGACAUUAAACUUGAGAAUGUCCUAGUUACUCUCCCUCCUGCUGCUAUGGAUGAGAUAACUGAUUGGCGUACAUACGAUCGUGCGGUCGUUACCCUUACCGACCUGGGCCUAUCCAGACGAAUCCCACAACCUCCGGAGAGCCCGCUCCUCCACACCCGAUGUGGAAGCGAGGAUUAUGCCGCUCCGGAAAUUCUGAUGGGCCAACCCUAUGAUGGGCGGUCCACUGAUGGCUGGGCCCUUGGCGUCUUGCUCUAUGCGAUGAUGGAAAACAGAUUACCGUUCGAUGCUUUGCCGGGUACUCGAGGCGACCCGGCAAAACUCCGUGCUCGUACCCCACACCGUAUUGCGCGAUGUGAGUGGUCAUGGUAUCGGUAUGCCGACAAUGACGGUGAAUGGGAUCCCCAGAAGGGAAAAGAUCUAGAGGGGGCCCGUGAGUGCGUUGAAGGGCUCCUAAAGCGGAAUACAAAACGCAAAAGCUUGGAUGAGAUCGCAUCCAUCGAGUGGGUUGCGAAAGCGAUCGACGUACCGAGUGGGUUGAAGAGAGGUGACAAAGAGGUACCAUAG